GUGUGUCCGCCACUAUUCCGUCCCCCGCCGCAGGUCGUGCUGUUCCUGCUGCUGUCGCCGGUGCCUCUUUAUUUCGCUCGAUCUGGUCUCCAUGGCGGCCAAGCGAAAGCAGGAGGAGAAGCACCUGAAGCUGCUGCGGGACAUGACAGCGCUGCAGCACAACAGGAAGUGCUUCGACUGCGACCAGAGAGGCCCGACCUAUGUCAACAUGACCAUCGGCUCCUUCGUCUGCACCUCCUGCAGCGGAAUCCUACGAGGGUUGAAUCCUCCACAUAGAGUCAAGUCAAUCUCCAUGACCACAUUCACACAACAAGAAAUCGAGUUUCUUCAAAAACACGGUAAUGAGGUCUGUAAACAGAUUUGGCUGGGAUUGUACGAUGAAAGAUCAUCUAUUUAUCCAGAUUUCAGAGAUCCACAGAAAGUCAAAGAUUUCCUGCAGGAAAAAUACGAGAAGAAGAGAUGGUUUGUGCCAGCUGAACGGGCCUGGGCAGUAGCAGCUGCCCAUGCUUCUAUUUCAGGCUCCUCUGCCAGCAGUGCAAGUAGCACACCCGAAGUGAAACCGGGAAAGUCACUUCUCUACGAAACCACACAUUUGAGCAAAGGAACGCCAACCCAAUCCCCAGCAGUAAGUCGCUCUCAAGGAUCUCAACAGGAGAAGAAAGUGGCUUCAUUUGAUCUUCUAACUGAUCUUGGAGGGGAUAUUUUUGCUACUCCUCAAUCUGCACCUCCUUACUUUGCAAAUUUCACACAUUUUAACAGUGACACAGCUCCAACUUCUGUGAAUGUAGAUUUUGCAAACUUUGCAUUUGGAAGUUGUCAUACUUCUGAUAAUUUUGGGGCUUUCUCCUCAGCAAGUCUGCCUCCUUUCCAGUCCAACUGUGCAGGUGGAUCCUCUGCAUCAUCAAAUGCUAAUUUUGCAAAUUUUGAUAACUUCCCAAAAUCUUCUAGUGCUGACUUUGGAGCUUUCUGUUCCUCUGGGACUGACACAACUGUACACAAAGCACAUGCUGUUACUCAGGAUAAAUAUGCAGCUCUUGCUGAUCUGGAUAAUGUUUUCAGCAAUAGUGCCUCGACACAAGGUGGAAGCAGUCAACUGACUAAUUUCAGCUCAGCAACUGUUGGAUCUUCAGUGAUGACUGCCAAUCAGUCAGGCUCCUCAGCAAACAAGUAUGCAGCACUAGCAGAAUUAGAUAAUGUCUUUAGCUCUCCGUCAACCACUAGUAAUGUAUCUAGCGCAAGCAGUGUGUUUGGGACAAUACAAAGUGCUACAGCAGUACAGACUCAUCCUGGAGCCAGCACUGCACCUGCAGCAUUUGGAGCAGCUACCAAUCCAUUUGUAGCAGCUCCUGUCCUGCCAGCACCUGCUGCCACAAACCCAUUCCAGACUAAUGGAAGAACUGCAGUAAGCUUUGGAACAGCGUCAAUGAGCAUGCCAACAUUGUUUGCCAACCCAGCAGGAUAUACUCUUCCCACCAGCUUCAGUGGUGGCUUCCAGCAACCAGUCUUAUCUGGCCCUGUGACCUUUCCUCAACAUUCAGCAUUUCCACAGCAACCAGUUGGUGGAGGUUUUGGUUCAUUCGAACAACCUAAACCAAUGGUCAUGCCAUAUGGUCAACCAAUGGCAGCAUCUACAAUGUCUAGUAAUCCCUUUCUGGCUGGAGCUCCAAUGGGGCAGUUUCCAACAGGAAGCUCUUCAACCAACCCAUUCUUAUAGCCUAUUUGGUUGCUGUCAGGAGUGUUAUGUUGAUGCGUGACGUCUCCAGAUCUCUUGCACAGUUGUGUUGUUCACCAAUCUUAGCUUUAAUCACAAGAGUCUCUUAAAGCCUGUAUUUUGUAUAAUGGGGUAAUAUAUGCAGAAAGGAAGGAUUUUCUGUAUGCCCUUUAUUUAACCAUUAUUUGGCAAGAAGGUUCAAGAUGUAGCCAUAUCAUGUAUAUUGAAAUGGGCUAAUGUUAAGUUAUUGCACUUCUUUCAUUGCUCUGCAGUACUGUACAUAUUUUUUCUUAGAAAUUUAGCUAGUUGUGCAGAUCAGUAUUUGUAAUUUAACACAUUUAUGUUAAUGUGAAAUGUUACUGAGCAGAAAGAAUCAUAAUAAAGUUGCUGUAUCUAUAAGGAUGAAAUUGCUGUAACAUUGGCCUUUUAAGUUCGAGUUUUAAAUAAACUAGAUUAUUCAUUUGGUGACUGAAAAGGAGGUUUUCUUUCUCAGAGGAAAUUUCUCUUAUUUAUAUUCUGAGUAUGUAGAAAACUGCAUCUCUGCCUAAUAAAGAAAAUCAUGUUUUGCUACAAAGUUUGCAAUUGACAAAAU